CAGUCUCCAGACCUCCUUAUGCCUUCCCCUCUCCUUUAAACAACCUGGAAGCGAAAGUAAACUCACACUGCUCGUUUCUCCUUUUUCCCUCUAUAAGUAAAACGGACUGCUUGGAAAUAGUUGGGAGUCAAAAAGCUCGGUCCGAAGAGAUUUAAAGAAAAGAGAAACAGUCCGAAUCCAGAUGAUCUAACAGGAUGUUUCAGUGUUUGGAUUUGAUCGCUUUGACUUGUCUGGUUCUUGCGGCUGAAACCGCAUCAGGCCAGAUCCCACCACCUCAGAAUCUGUCUGUGUUUUGGGAAAAUGACUUUACUCCAGAGUUCUCCUGGAUACCCCCUCCUGACUCCUUACCCAACUGCACAUAUUAUGUCAAGAUGAAUGGGAAAUUUGAGUUUUUAGAUAAAAUUGACAUCAGUGCUACAACUUAUAAGCCUAAAAAUAAAGUUUUCAUGAAAAAAGGGCACAUGUAUGAAUUUUCUUUGACCAUUAAAUGUGGCAAAAAUAACAAAAGUGAACCAGCAAUUUUGGAAUUAAAUUACCCAGAACUGUUGACCUCACGGGAUUGCUACAGGCAUACCUCCAACGAUGUUCGCUGCUCCUGGACCCCUGCCCCGGCAGCUACAGGUCUUCGCUUUUUCUAUGGGAUGGAGUUUCAUUAUGAAGACAGAAUAGAAGAGAUGCAAGAAUGCACAUCAUACAUCUACAAUGGUAGUGUAAAGUCUGGAUGUGAUUUGAAGGCGUCCAGUAAUGCAGUAAUUGAGAUUGUGUUCAACGCAACACUGAACAAUACACUUGUUCGGAAUACAUUCCUUGAGGAUCAUUUUAAAUUGAAACCACCUCCCCCUGAAGUGAAUGUCACAAAAACUGAGUCAGAGUUCAAAAUUAGCUGGAAUGAUCCAGGAGAGCUAGGAUUAAAUACAUUCAAACUAAAUUCCUAUUGCAAUGAUGUCAAGGAGGAGUUUAUAAUAGAAGAAAGACGAUGGGAAACGGUGAAGCGGGACCGUAACUGUCGGUACUGCUUCUCAGUUCAAGCUCAAGAUAUUGAUAACUCGCCGGAAAGUGAACAGAAAUGUUUUGAUGCGGAUUCUAAUGUUGAUCCUUCUUUGUUGGCGUGUGGUCUUGCUGUUGUCCUGAUAGUUAUCUUGGCAGUCCUGUUCUUUUUGUGGUUUCAAAGGAAAAAAGAAACAAUUUUCCCCAAGGUGCCAGCACCUCGAGACUACCUCAGCGAUAUAUCCAACAAUAGUCAGAGCUCUUUUCGCAAGUUGUUCAUUGAAGCAGAGGAAGAAGAGAACUGUAAAGUCACUCUGGUGAAAGAUGCAUAAACCAACAAACCAAACUGUUGCCACAUCUCCGCUUUCAGCUCACACGUCCUAAGAAGAACUGUGUCCCUGUAUUGGUACACGGUGUGAAUAAAAUAGCUUUCUACCCUGUAUUAAGUAAUAGAGGAAAAUUGUUGAAAUUCACAAACAAGUGUUAUCACAAUCAACUGUAAACACAUGUUUGGGAGCUUUUACAUUUUUUUAUUGUUUGCAUACUUCUCAGGAAACUGCAGAUUAAGAGGUCAGAUUUUACAAUAACAUUUGUUUAUAGGGGAGUCAACAAUUCUUCCAGACCAAUUCACAGCAGCUACUUAUUUGCAGGGGAAGUUUACAAGGAUAACUUUGCACUAGAAAAACCCUGCAGGGCUGAAAUAUGUUUGCGGACUGUUUCUCUGAGACCCUUUGGACACAUGCAGCUGUUCUACCUUACCAGCAGCAUCCAGAUUAGGAAGUUUUUUUUCAUAUAAUCUAGUAAGUCUUUCCAGUGUGGAAUAAAAUGUUUUUUUUAUAUUUGGAAAUAUGGAAAAUCCAAUUAUGUGCAAAAGGAUCAAGCAUUUGUAAUGAGGAUGUUCCCUGAAGCCAGCUCUCUCUAAGCAGCUGCAGUUCUAAACAUGGCUGCUGUGCAGAGCUUAUCAAGUGCAAUAUUCAGAUGUUAACAGAUAUUCCUUCUUCUUACUGUUUUUAUGUAAUAAAAGCAGAGCCACACACAUUAUAUUACAGCCUCAAAGUCUGAGGAGAUUCCUUUGGAUUCUGUACACAGAGUCAUGAAACAUGAGUUAUUAGACCACCUUUUUCACCAUGUUCAUUUUGUGCAAUGGCUCAGUUUUUUCUAAAGAACCUCUUGAUAGGUGUAGGAGCAUUUUCUAGAAAUGAAGCCUGGCUACCCCUGAUUUAGGCCUCUUCUUAUUUCCCACGACCAUAUAUGAGUAAGAAUUUGUACAGGCUAUAAGAAGAAAUCCCUUUUUGCUUAUAUAGCUAGCACAAUGCAAAAAGUGAACUUAAAGGGAACUGUUGUAAAGUGUAUUUGUGCUUGAUACCAAUACCAGCAUUGGUAGCGAUAUUGUCAAUCCGCCAACCUCUAGUGCAAAUAGAAAUAUGUGUCCACGCAACAUUGAAGUUCUGCUGCCAUGGUCCCUGAACAAGCAGGCUUUGAAGGUCAUAAAAAAAAUUAAACAUCUGCAUGCUUGUGAUUAUUACAAUUUGGCUGAAAAAAAAUUGCCAGUCUGAUUUUUGGCCAAAUUUUAACAUACCAUAUAUUGGAGAUAUAAAUCUAGUUAACAAAUUAGUAAAAGUAUGUAAAAACUCCUUGUUGACUCCAAGAUCUGUUUGGCAGCAAAGUGCUUCAAAUACAUUCCCUGUAUGUUUGACAUUUAUCUUAGUAACCUUUAAGACCAGCAGCAGUUUACGGCCAGUUUCUGAAAAUAAUCAGGGAUUAUUUGCACAACCCCUGUUCUACCAUUCUUGUGUUUUUAAUGGAGAUUUUAUAUUUCUCUUUGAUUAUCAGAAUAUGAUACAUAUUUCUUUGUUUACCAUGUGUUUUUUAUUUCUGUGAUUUAUAUUUAAAAAUAAAACUUAUGAUAAAAUGGUCAGAGUAUUACAAAAAGCUAGGAUUUACAUUUGAUGUAUUAGUACUGCCAAAAAGCAUUUAUUGACAUUUCUGUAUCACCUAAUUGAUAAGCCUGUUAUGGUUUGGACCAGUUAGCCGAUGAGGUGCUUCAAUGUUGAUCUUGCUUGGUCUACCAUCUAUGGUUACCUCACCAAUCCUCACAAUUACAGGAGUUUAUAUACACAAAUUCCCAGGUGCUACAAAGUAUUUAGAUGUUCUGUGCAGUACUGAUUGCUCCGGCCAUAACUUUGACAUCAUUCCUGAAAAAAAAAAUCGGCAUUCCUAUCACUUUUCACUUAACUAUUUCCAGGAAGAAGUGUAAUCUACUGUAAAAAUAUUGUAUUUACAGUAGAAGAUGUUCAUUGAGUUUCUUUUUUUAAAGCAUCAAGUCUUCCAGAUUUUUCUGCUACAAUACAAAGUUCCGAUCCUCUGAAGCUGUUACCUUCAUUACUCUAAUUUCGAAAUAGAACAUUGUACGAUAGGUUUGAUUU